AACCACCAUUCAAGGCGCAAUCUCGUCUACCUUCCCCGAUCCCCACUUUCGAAAGGUCAAGAGACCCAAAUUCUCAUUUGGUAAUACUUUCUUUGCACUCUUUCGUCAGUCAUGGGUGGAGGAAAUGGGCAGAAAUCCAUGAUGGCGCGUCAGAAGCACAUGGAGAAGCAGAAAGCUGCGAAGGGGAGCCAGCUUGACUCCAACAAGAAGGCCAUGACCAUCCAGGUAGUGUUUUUGCAUGCUCUGGCUGCACUUCUGCUUAUUUUAUUCGGAAUUUAGUAGUUUCUUUGUCUGAUCUGUUAUUUAGAACUUGGGUUUAUGGCUGGUUUUCAACCUGCGGUUUCUGGAUGAAAUUGAAGUGGGUACCAUCUUGUUAUUUGGGGAGCAAUUAAUCCCUGAGAAAGUAUUCUUUCUCGGUUAAGAUUAUUCUUUCUUGGUCUAGUAUUUAUAGUGGUAAUUGUGUACUGUAAAUCCUGAAAAUUGUAGAUGUGUAUGUUUAGGGGUUUAAUAGGAUUAACUGAUGGUAGAUGGCAUUUGUUAUCACUUACCUAGCUUCUUGAUUUAGGCUGUAUCAUAGGCAAUAAUGCCUAAAACUAGUAAAUCAUAAUUGGAUGUCUGGUGCUCAAAUAUGUUGAAGUAAAAUUGGUUUACAGCA